AUGUCUUCUUUUUUGCUUUUCAUUCUUUUGUCUUUUCAUAAAAUUUUUCUUUUUCUUUCUUCUUUCUAUUACUUUCUAUCAUUCUUUCUUUCUAUUUCUUUUAUUCCUUUCUCUCUAUUUCUUUCUUUCUUUCUUUCUUAUUUAUUUCUCUCUAACUAUUUCUUUCUUUCUCUCUGUUUCUUUCUUUUUUCUAUAUCUAUCUUUCUUUCUAUUCCUUUCUUUUUGUUUCUAUUUCUCUCUCUCUACCUAUUUCUUUCUCUCUAUUUCUUUCUUUUUAUUUCUUUCAUUUUCUUUCUAUUUCGUUUUCUUUCUCUUUCUUUCUACUUCUCUCUUUUUCUUUCUCUUUCAUUUUCUUUUUCUUUCUCUCUAUGUCUCUCUUUCUCUCUAUCUAUUUCUUUCUUUUUAUUUCUUUCUCUCUCUUACUUUCUUUUUGUUUCUUUCUAUUUCCUUUUUCAGUCUUUUCUUUUUCUCUUCAUUCACGUCUCUUUUUCUUUCAUAAUUUUCUUUCUAUAUUCAAAUAUUUCUUUUGAAUGCUUCUUUUUUUUUCCUUUCUUUCAUUAUUUGAUUUCUAUAAUCUAUUACUUUUUUCUUUCAACUUUUCUUAUUUCUUUGAUUAUAGUGAACAAUAUUAAAUCAUUCUUUAGUGAAUUAACAUUAUUCUUUUUUAUUCGCUAUUUUUCCUGUAUUUUCUUAUUUUUUAUUUUUCUUACUCUUUCUUUUCUUUCCCUUUCAAUUCUUACUUUUUCUUUCUCUUUUUGUUUUACAUUCUUUUCUUUUCUUUCUCAUUUUCCUUCUUUACUUUCUUUUUUCUUUUCUUUUUCCUUCUUUUCUUUUUCCUUUUCUUUUUUCUUCUUUUUUUCCUUCUUUUCUUUCUCCUUCUUUUUCUUUCUCAUUUUUCUUUCUUCUUUUUCUUUCUCCUUCUUUUCUUAUACUUUUUCUUUCUCUUUUCUGUCUCUUGAUGCUGCAACAUCAGCUCCAGCUGCUGACGCAGGAGCUGAGGCCCCUGCUGCCAGUGAAGAUGCAGGAUCUGAAGAGCCAAAAGCUGAUGCUUCAGCUGAAGGAAAACCAGAGAAAACCGAAGAGACACCAGCCAACGGAGAACUUCACCAUUCCUUCCUUUCUUUCCUACGUUUAUUUCCUUCAGUCUCUCCACAAUUCCAAAAUGGCCUUUCCUUUCUAUCUCCAACUAAUUUCCUUCUCUCUCUCUCUCUCUCUCUCUCUCUUUCUUCCUUAAUUCUGGAAACUUCCAUGAAACAAAUGCCAAAAAAGAAAAAGCCAUGUUAA